UGUCUGCUCCCGCCGACCUCCGAUCCAUUGGAGUCCUAUAAACCGAGUGCCGCAGCAGGAGGCAGUCCUAACCUUGCACGAAUCGUAGCCCAUACUGGGCCCGAAAGGCCUCCUGCACCGCACGGGAUCUACCAUCUACGACGCCCCAUGGCGGCGACGGCGCGGCUGCUGCUCCGCUCGCUGACGCUGAGGCGGCCUCCUCUCGUCUCCUCCUCUCCGGGCGCCCACCCCGCCGCCGAUCUCCUCCACCGCUGGCCCACGCUGGAUGGGCAGUCUGGACGUGAAUUUUGGGGCAAUCUUCAUGCAGUCUUCCUGCGGAGAGGGUUUGGAGGAUCGCAUUCGUCGUCGCCGUCCAAGACGCCUCGCCGCAUCGGUCUUGGGGCGGUAGCCAAUGCGCUCUCCGCAUCCUUUGUCUGCGCUUUCCCCCCUUUUAACCAGACAUCGCUGCCACAUGACCACGGAAGCAACAGCGAGAAGAGACGGUGCACCUAUGACAUUAUCGCUGUUAAUCUUCUGGUUUAUGUGGCAGAUAUAGCAUUGAAAAGGAAGCUUACUAUGUGGGGAGCUAAGGACAACGACCUGAUCAGCAAAGGGCAAAUCUGGCGCCUGGCUACACCAGUUCUUCUUCAUGGACGUCUUCGUCACAUUGCUGUAUUUGUUCUUGUUUUGGUUGAGAUUACAAUUAUACUACUCUGUUCACUAAUGAGUUACUGGUUUACCUCCACACCUGGUAUAGGUGCAUCUGGUGCUAUCUUUGGAUUGAAUUGUAAAUACAGAUUGAAGAUUGCAACUUUUAAUGGGACGUUGAGCUUCUGA